AUGGCCUCCAGCCAGCGCCCCGGCGAGCGCGUUGUGCACCAGGACUACAUCGCCCGCAUCCGAUACUCCAACACUUUACCACCGCCCGCGAACCACCCUAAACUGCUAGACAUACCCGGGACUGGCCUCCUGGGAGGCCAAUACACCAGCGCCGCUUAUGCCUCGAAGCUCGCGCGAGACCAGCCGAUGAACAUUGAAGCGGAUGCGGAACUGGGCAUGCCAAUUGACUUAAUCGGUGUGCCGGGUGUAUUCAGCGAUAAGCCGGAUAAAGAUGCUGCAAUCAUGGCACGACCAGGCGGACAGCCCUUACACCCAGCAGAUAAGGCAUUACUCAAGCCCCUCAGCGCGCUCGGCAAGGGCGCAGGUGGCGCAGUGUCUUUCUUGCGUAGGACCGAAUACACGUCCUCGCAAGGACCACAGCACUUCUCGUCCUCCUCACCCAAAGACCUCAUCCGGUUACGCAACGACCCGAAGCGAAGAAAGACCAGCUCCAACAAGGAGGACCCGCUGAACAUCAUCCGCCACAUCGUCAAAGGCUUCGACGUCGCCUACCCAGAAGAUGCGUAUAGAGGGGAGGACAGCACAUCCAACAUUCGCGGCGCAGCCAUUUCCGACCCCGAAGUCAAGGCCUGGUCAAACCCAAAGCACCCAUCAAAACCUGAGGUAACUUUGAUGGACAGCUACCCUGUCCUGCCAGAUCUGGAGGCAUUGCCAGAAGUCGGCGCUUUCUUCGUAAAGAAGUUCAUCACCAAUCCCGUGGCAGCAGGCGACAACUACGACGAGCGGCUGGAUGUUGCUUUACUCCAACCUAAGAGUGAGAAGAACGCGCUUGAGAAGUAUGAGCAACGGAAAGCGGAGUGGACCGCGGAAUCAGGGAAGCCGGCACCGCUGCCAGAGGAUGACUACGAUCUGUUCCUUCCAGCCGCACCGAACGCCGUCCGUGGCAUCAAGCGGAAACUCAACGUCAAUGAUCCAGAGAACGAGGACGAGGAGCUUUACGCUGAUGAAUUGGCCAACGGCACCCGCGCGUUCAAAUAUACCCGCCUCCGGACCUACGAAACAUACACGCAAAGCGGCGACCCGAACAACUUCUACGAUGACUCCGUUGCGCUGGCCCUCCACGACCCUGAAACCGACGUUGGACCGGUGCCCGGCACGAAAGAGCGACUACAGAAAGGCGCGUACUUUUAUCCCGUCAUGCAGAGGACUGCGCUGCGGCCGAAGCGGAAUGUGGGUGUCGCGGCGCUGAGUCAGGCGGAUCAUGAUAGGGUGGAUCAGAUUAAUAUGACGGUUGCCGAGAUGACGGAGGAGAUGAGGGGGAGGGUUGCGGAGAGGAGGGCGGAGUUGGAUGGGUCGGCCGGGGUGGUGGAGGUGGGUGUGUGA